UGGGGCAGCAGGGGAAGACUGGGCUGAUGUCCCCUAGUGCUGCUCUGGGGUCGGAGCGGGGAAGGGGGCCUGAGGCUGGCACCUUCUGUGCUGGUCUGGUAUUGCUAUUGUGGCAGAAUGACUGGAGCUGGAUGGGCGCUGACAUGGGGUGACCUUGCUCUGCUUCAGUGUCUGUGUUUGAUUUUCUCAGCCCCUGCAGAGAGACCUCUCCUCAUCACUAGGGUGCCUGGCACUGUAGCCUGUGAGCCUUUGUCCCUCUUUCUGCUCAUAGGACCUGUGGGAUCAGCUGGCACUUGACAUGUUCGGAGUGGCGCAGGGGAUCGGUGGGGAUGGAGUGAGAGGUGUCUAGCCAGGGAUGAAGAUGGUAGUUCAGUAGGUACAGUAGCAGCAUGAUGGCCCUUGAACAAGACUGGACUUGCUGAAGGAGGAGGAAAGAUAGCAGGAGGUAGGAGCUGGGGGCACUAAGCUGGUGUUGAUGCCAGGCCUCCAGGAGUCAUGAUUGCAGAGCGACUGCAGAAACAGAGUCUGGAAGAGCUGAAAUGCACAUCCUUCAACGUCAGCCUGCCUUUGCCUGACCACACAGACGUGGCUCACUUUGGCAGCCCCCUCCAGCUUGCGUCCGAGAGGGCUUCCUGGUGGGACCUGAUCUCCUGUCCCAGGAUACACCUUCAGGACAGCACAGGUUUCAGUUGCCACCACUCCGGCUUGAGUCUGUCUCCUUGCAGCCAAGACUGCUGCCCUAAGAACAGCCUUCCACCCAAAACACUAGCCACGGACCCGCUCACCUUGGGGAAGGCUUCUAUGGUCCCCACCAAAAGGCACUGCUGCUCACCCUCAGUGCCUGAGAAUUUCUUCCACUGGCAUCCCCUCUGUAGGCCCCUUGGCUCCAAAGUGUGGACUCCUAUCAAGCAUCGGGGCAGCAGUGGAGAAGGUGCUUUGGAAGAGCAGCCCCCGAUCCCAGACCAUGGAGCCUGCAGUCUCAGGUUUGACCAAGCUCCAGGUGCAUCUCUUCAGUGUGUCCAAGGUGGUGGUGGCAGUAGCCCCCCUUUUUUCAGUCUGUCCCUAUCCCGGGAAUCUAUAGUCAGCAUGUUGUGGGAGAGUGAGAAGACCUUGCAGCCCUUCCCCUUGCAACGUCACUUCUCCUUAUCACCUGUUCGGUUCCUGCCCUCUGCACAGAGCUCUGCCUCCUCCACACCAGAACUGCUCAGGCACCAGCAUGGCCUCCCACACAGCCAGUCACAGCCAUGUGAUCUAGACACAAAGAAGAAUGACCUCAAGCGGUGCCAUGAUGAGGAUGCAAAGUGGCACCGUCCCUCACUCAACUUCUACAAGAUGAACCAGCAGUUCUCAGGAGGAGGCCUCUGUUUCUUAGACAAGUCUGAGGAAGGCAGUGCUCCAUCAUGCUUCUUGGCUUGCAACCCCCAAGCCCCUUCAGCCCCAUGCAGUCCCAUCAGCAGCUAUGGCCAAGUGCUGAGUGAGGAAGAGGAAGAUGAGGCAAGGAACCGAAGCUGGCACCUGGGCAGCCAGAGGACUUUUUCCCAGCAAGACUUUAGCGACCUGGAUCUGAAUCUGAUUGAAGAGAACUAGGGUUGCAUAUACAUUCUGGAAACUGCAGAGCUCCCCCCCCCGCACUGGGGGGAGCGUGCACACCCGCGGAGGAGAACGCGGCUUAGGCAUCAGCACCGCUGGGGCUCUGCAGGGACAGCGGCCCUGGCCCGGAUGAACUUUUUUUAAAGGAAAAAGUUAAAAGUUGCUUCAGUGCAAUGUGUGUAACUGAGGGGAGGGCGCUGACUCCUGCGGCUGGGCUGGGGCUCGGGGUUACUGCCCCGUCCCUGCGCACCCGCACCCCGGGGUGGGGACUCGGAGCGGCUCCACACCGACCGUGCGCGGGGAUCAAAGGGACACAGCUGGAGCAAGGGCUGAAAGUGAACCCGCUCCGCGGCUCCGAGCCCCCGCGCUGCCCGCAGGUUUGUCCGCGUCCCUCGCCCGCUGCCGGCGGGAGCUGAGCGGCCAGGCGGGGGGAGGGGCGCUCGCGGGCGGCAGCGGCCGAGGCGGGAAACGGAU